CCAGAUUUCAUUGUGAUUCGAAAGUUUCGAGUGUUCGGACCGGUUGUGCUCUACUAAAAAAAACAAUAAAAUAAAAAUAACUUUUGUGUUCCAAUAAUUCGCUUAAACUGAGUAAAAAUGGCACGUACAAAGCAAACAGCCCGUAAAUCGACUGGAGGAAAGGUUCCUCGCAAGCCGAUGGCAACCAAGGUUGCGCGGAAGACCCGCCCAGCUGUUGGCGGUGUGAAAAAGCCACACCGUUAUCGUCCAGGAACCGUCGCUCUGCGUGAGAUCCGUCGUUACCAGAAAUCGACAGAGUUGCUCAUCCGCAGGCUGCCCUUCCAGCGCUUGGUGCGUGAGAUCGCCCAGGGUUUCAAGGCCGACUUGCGUUUCCAGACUGCUGCCCUCGGAGCCCUCCAGGAGGCAUCUGAGGCUUUCCUGGUUGGCCUUUUCGAGGACACCAAUUUGUGCGCUAUCCACGCCCAGCGCGUCACCAUCAUGCCCAAGGACAUACAGCUGGCGCGUCGCAUCCGUGGCGAUAAUAAUUAAGCUGGGCCAGUACCAGGAUCAUCUAUGUCCAUCUUCAUUCACUUUGUGGCAG